AUGCUAGCUAGACGAAAGCAUGAUCUGGAUUAUGCCAAAGGACUGGAAGACCAGGUUGAGCUCUUGAGAGAAGAAGUGGCUCGGCUUCGCGCUCUGAUACCAGACCUCAACGUCUCGGGAGAUGAUUCAAACAUCCUGAACGGCGACGACGAGCAAUUCAGAAGUGAAGGGGACAAGGCACAAGUUGCGCCGAUACCAAGAGACAUGUCGCCUGCUAUCAGUGAUGUGAGUGCUAUGAUGUGGCGCAUGAACAUCGAUGAGACUGGCGAAUCAACAUUUAUCGGUCCCUCCGGAAAUUUCUGUUUUCCCUCUACUCAUCCUGAAGCAUACGAAAAUUUUCGGGACAAUCGAAGGCCUGGUGAGCUACACAACGAUCAUCAGAUCCAGUCACAUGAAACUCCUUACAAUCCAGUGGAGGAUGCUCACGUCACCAACCACUUAAUCUAUCUCUUCAGCAACUUCAUUAAUCCCAUUCACUUCUUCCUCGACAACAAAACUCUAGUAACAAUUCAGCAACAAAGUCUGAGCCUACCGCUUGCUCUCAUAAAGUAUGCAAUUUUAGCCGCUGCAUCACUGCUCUCAGAUGACACUAAAAGCAAGGACUAUGGAAAUGCGAUGGCCGCGGCGUUUGAUGCUACCGCUCUGACCGUCUGUAGGGACAAUGCAAAUGUCUCGGUGGUUCAGGCUUUCUCAAUAAUGUGCUGGCGAGAAUUGGGGCUUGAACAACACAGAAUGGCUUGGAUGUAUAAUUCAAUGUGUGCCAGUAUGAUGCUACAUUUGGGGCUCCACGUUAGCUCUCUACUUGCUCUGGAGGAAUCUAAAGCCAUUACAGACGACGAUCUGACGAACUUGGAUCCAAGUGAUGUCCGACUAAAAGCUUUUUGGUCCGCGGUGCUGAUGGAUAGUUAUUCGUUCGAAUUUGAUACGCUAGGAAAAAGUCAACAGCACCAUCUUCUCCUUGAAGCGCGAGAACGCCUAUUUUCAUUUCACCUCAGCAUGGACGUUCGAGUCCAAUUUCGUCGUGAACGAACAUCGCCCACUCUCAUUAUUCUUCACAUGUCGUACAAUAUGUCCCAGAUGCUGAUCCACCGGCCUUAUCUCAGGGAGGCUCCGGACAGCAGUGUGUACCGUUUGUCCGUCCGGUCAAUGUCGACGGCAGCAAAUAAUAUGGUCAAACUCAUCCGCGAGUACGAGCGAAUUGCCCAAUUUGACAAGGCUCCGUACUUUGUGUCACACAGUGUUAUGACAGCAGCCAUCACCCAUCUUCUUCUCGCGACCUCCGAGGAUUCAUCCAUCAGAACCCGAUCUAUAAGCCGCUUCCGGAUUUCAAUGCCAUCACAUAUUGAGACAAUUGGCCCACUUCACUCACUUGACAAUUCAUUCGACGUUUCGACCUGGGCUGAUGUAGACCCAACCGAAUUUUCAUCUUACGUGGCGAAUAUUGCGGAAUUUGAUCCUAUGGGAGCUGGUGCCUGGGAUCUGGGCCUUAUGUUUAGUGAAAAUUGA